AUGGCGUCAAGAGAUUUACCACAUUCUUUUAAUGAGCUAGUCACAGGCUGGGCAAGACGUAUCCCAUCUGAGAUUACCAUCUUGAACCGUGGACAGCUUGCUUCUGAAGAAACAGAUGUAAUCCCCGAUGUUGGGAAAGAUCCACACUCCCCCAUCACCGAAGACGAUGAAUCCUCAGUAGUUGAAACAAAAGUUCGUGUCAAGAACCUUUGGCCUGCAUUUGCCUCGGGUGCCGGUUUAUUCUCCGACGGUUAUGUCAACAACUCUAUUUCCACUGUGUUGUUUUGUUUAAAAACAAUUUAUGGCGAUGAGUUCUCCAAGAGUAAUGCAAUAAAUAAUAUUGGUUCCAUAGCGUUUGUAGGUACCGUUGUUGGUCAAUUGAGUUUUGGCUACAUCUCGGAUCGUAUUGCAAGAAAAGGAGGUAUGAUGGCUGCAAAUAUCAUGUUGAUUGUAUUCACUUUGCUAUGUGCCGUUGGUUCAUGGGGUAAAACCACCCAAGGCUUUUUUGCAUGUUUAACCGUAUGGAGAUUCUUUUUAGGAGUUGCCAUUGGUGCAGAGUACCCCACCUCAUCUGUUAUUGCCUCUGAGUUUGCUAAUCAAUUGCCCGCUGGCCACAGAAACAGAUAUUUCAGUUGGUUCACCAAUUUUAUGAUUGAUUUCGGUUUUGUUGUUUCUGCAUUUGUCCCAUUUGUGCUUAUUUGGAUCUUUACUGAGAAACACUUGAGGGCAUUGUGGAGAUUAACCAUUGGUCUUGGUGUUAUUCCACCAUUAUCCUUGUUUCUCAUUCGUUUGAAAAUGAAGGAUUCCAAAUCAUUUAACAAGUUGCACAUGAAACUGGUGAGGUAUAGAGAUUAUCCAUGGUGGUUGAUUGUCAAGUUUUACUGGUUUAGAUUAACCAUUGUUUCCCUUAUUUGGUUUAUAUACGACUUUUCUGCCUACUCAUUUGGUUCAUUCAAUACUAUCAUCAUUAGUGAAAUCAUUCCCGACGCUCCUAUUUGGAAACAAUGGGGUUGGUCAGUUGUUUUCAACUUGUUUUACUUGCCCGGUGCAUUCCUUGGUGCACUUUCUGCUGAUUACAUUGGUCCAAGACUUACAUUGGCCAUUGGUGUUGGCUGUCAAGGUAUAAUUGGGUUUGCCAUGUCUGCAAGACUCAAUGACUUGAAGAAGCACAUUGCUGGGUUUGUGGUGACUUUUGGUAUUUUUUCCACAUUUGGUGAAUUUGGUCCUGGUAACAAUAUUGGUCUUCUUGCAGCUAAAACUUCUGCAACGGCAAUCCGUGGUCAAUACUAUGGUAUUGCAGCCGCCAUUGGUAAGAUUGGUGCCUUUGUUGGUACCUGGGUAUUCCCAGCCAUCCAAAAGCACUAUGCAUACGAUGAGCAAUUGACAUUACAGGUUCCCUUUUAUAUCAGUUCUGCAUUGUGUAUGCUUAGUGCCUCGUUGGCAUUAUUUUUCUUGCCAUUUGUUGGACAAGAUGCCAUCAAUAGGGAGGAUGCCGACUUUGUCAAUUAUUUGAAAGCCAAUGGGUUUGAUACUGCAUUAUUGGGAGAGCCAGGUGUUGUUAAUGAACAUGGAAGCGAUGGUGUCACUGCUGCAACUGAUGAGAGUGGAGAAUCCUUGGAAGGACCAAAGACUGAAGACUACAAUGUCGAACACAAGUCGAUGUAA